AUGUGGAGACCGGCUCUUUUUUGGUUCUACUUGACUUCUUUUGCAUUGUGCUUUUCUCCUUUCGUCUUCAAUCCACAUAACUUCUGUCUUCAAGAAUAUAUACUUGAUUAUGGAUUUUUCUUGGGGUGGCUUUUUGGUGGGAACCACAGCUCCUCUGACGAUACGUGGGUUGCUUUCAAAAAACACCAACGGGCGAAGUAUACCGGGUUCAAACUGAACAAGAGAGCAACCUCAGAUUCUACAAUCGCUCUUCUGGAAUCCAGCUCACUGCUGGCAAACAAGUUGGGAGAGGUUGGAACUUUGUUGUUUCAAGCUUUGCUAUUUUUGCUUCCUUAUCUAUACAUAACAGCACAAUCGGGAGUUCAAGAACCAGUGUCUGUUGAUCCUAUAACAAGAAUCGCGUUCUUGGCCUUGCUACCAAUAAUUUUGAAUCUCAUAAUGCUUUUGAUUCUUUUUCCUGUGCUGGUUGUUGCAGGGAACUUGCUUACUUUAUGUUUCAAGAGCAGCCCUUCUUUGUUUGCUGGAAUGUCUUACACCUGGGGCUUUUUAGGAUUGAUAAUUUGCGUCAACGUUACUCUUUUGUUACAUGACUGGAACGUGCCAAGGUCCCUUUGCGCCAUGAUUUGCAUCAUGAAAAUCCACACCUUUCUCAAAACCUUGACGUACAAUGCCUUACUAUCCAAAGAGUACCAAGACCACCAGUCGAAUUUGGCGUGGUGGUCCGGCAACUGGAACAUCAAAAGAUUUGGAUGGGCUGUGCUCUCCCAACCUUUUAGGGAAAUUUUGGUCAAAACCUGUGAUCUAACUCUGUUUGGCUACGAUUUUGUAUUGGGCCAUUUCUUGUUCACGGCCAUAUUUCCUGUAGCUCUUGUUCCUCUUGUGGAUAAGGCGCACACCUAUAUUCUUUUUUGGUUAAAACCGAGCAGAAUUGUACACGGCCCUAUCUACUCUAAGCGGCAGAGGAAAAGAAGAAGAAGACAAUCCGUUCUCUACUCCUUAUUGUAUUUGACAGUUGUGCUGUGUUCGUGUGCCAUGGUGGUUGUUCCGGCAAUAUUUUCUCCGCAAUUUUAA